AUGGCGCCGCCGUUAGAGAGGACGUUGGAGGCUUUGCGCGAGCUCACACAGCCCGGAGAAGCGCCAACGGCACAGACCAGUCAAGAGGAUGUGCUACUGCAGACACUGUGUCAUAAUCUGUCUGUCCUUGACCAGAAGCUGCAGCAGGAUUCUAACUGGGCAACUUUACAGCAGCUGAGGGAACGGGUGAUAUCUCAGUUAACAUGGUCAGUGAGGUCAGAUGAUGCAGUCUGGAACUUUGUUACUGAGGUCUUAGUGCAGCUCUUGUGUUUAAAGCACACAAUGAUUGAGUUAUUAGAGCAGUUCGUACCUCCGAAACGAAAUCCGAAGUCUCCAGAAUGUGCCCCUGCAUUGCCUCCAGAUACUCUGAGUAUCUUGCAACAGAAAACAGUCCAGACUGCACUUCAGUUUGUCAUCACUCUUGGGAUCUGUCCAUACCUUCUGCCAGGGGUGGGAACUCCUCUUAGAUGCAGGUCAGAUUUUGCAGGAACAGUUGAGAAAUUGGUUUGUUACUUGGCAUCUCCCAGAGGAAUGUGGAGGCUUUACAUUGUCACCAUGGCACUCCUUGACAUUGCUAGCCAUCCUUCCUUAGAGAACUUGAUCCUUACCAGGCACCUCGGAGAUUUGUUAGCCAGUCUCUGUCAAUUGGCGUAUUCACCAAAAAAAUAUCAACAGAAUCUGAUGUCAGAGGAGACUUCACGUCAGGAGGACAGCGAGAAACGGAAGGGCCUCACAGAUGCUGAACAGCAGAGCUGCCAACAAGCUUUACAGAAACUUCUGGAUCGUGUGUAUCAACCAAUUGUUGUCAAGGAGUUGCUGAUCUUGCAGGGAGGAAUAAAACAGGUGGCGUCCGUGUGUGUUGGAAAAACACAAACAUUCUCACAAACCCCAGCAUGGCUGCGUCACCGCUGUGGGCAGCUGCUCUCCGAGAGACUGAUGAAGCCAAAUGGUGUUCAGGCAGUGGUCAGAGGAAUAGUGGAAGGAGCUGGAGCUGGAAUUGCUGGAGGUCAAAGUGCAGAAGCAGCAGCUGCUGAUUGGAGAAAGUGUGAUAUUGUUGCCAGGAUUCUGGCAUCCUGUCCUCAGCAGUGUCUAUCUGUUGAAGAAUACUACAGGCAGGUGUGCCCUCAGGUUCUUGAACUGUUUCACAUCAAGGACAAGCUGACAGCUCGUCAGUUUCAGAGAGUGGCAACGAUGACUUUCCUCUCGAUGGUAAAGGAACAACCUGAACUCACCGACAAAUACCUACUGAAACCUCUACUGGCUCCUCUGAUCUGCUGCUUGGAUAACAAAGAUGUGGAGGGAUGUAAUCAGAUGGGCGCAGUGAUUGUGGAAGAGUCAGAGCUGACCUGCUGUGUGGACGAUAUAUAUAAGGUGUGUGUGGUUGGAAAUGACCCAAGUUCUAAGCUGUUGGCAUCUCUGGAGGCAGUAAUUCCAGCAAUCUUUAGUCUUUAUUGCUUCACAGCACAAGGAGUUUCACAUUUGCGCUCUGGUUGCCAGGAGAUUAUUUUGUGGUUCCUGCAGAAGUCUGAACCUCCAGUAGCUAUGUUGGUGUUGAAGCAACUUGCAGGCCUGACACAAUCAAGUCCUGUCAAAAACCCGUUGUACCAUUUUACAGCAGGUAGUGAGGGCGGUGUGAAGCUCACUGUGAAGGAGACCGUAAGUGAUGAAGAUGAGACUUUGUAUGAGAAAGUAUCCUCAGAACAGUGGCGGAUUGAGUGCCUGGCACAGUUACUGAGCAAUCUUCAGGAGAGCAACCUUACAGGAGAUUUCUUCAUUGAAUGUCUGAAGGGUCUUACAUGUUUAGCAGGAGAAAUGGAUGACAGGCUUGCCACAAGCCAUACUAAUGGUUUGCCUGAAUGGGAGCAGCAGGAACAGCAGUUAGUCACCUUGCAACUCAUUGCUGUAUUGUGUGAGAGAUUUGGCCAUCUCGUCCUCAACAAUACUGUGCACGUAAUUGAGUUUGUCGUUGCAACAUUGGAUCGUUGCUGCAUGAACUUGACACAUCGAACUGAGGCGACUGUAGAAGCACAGACACUAAGUAUGGGAAUGGGACUGAUAGCAGCCAUGCUGGGAGGAGCUGUCCAGCUCACCUCAACAGAUUUUGAUGCCAUGAAACCAUUGUUGCCCAGACUUGAACAGAUUGCAGUGUUACAUCCUGACCCUGUUAUACAAGAGUUGGCAUCAGACUUGCGCAUUACUGUUGCUACCCAUGGAGCAUUCUCCACUGAAACAGUUGCCACAGCCGCACAAAGCACAAUGGGCAACCAAAAUAAACCAACAAAGUCCAGCCACCCAAAAGAAACCUGUCCAGUGACUGGAAGUCAACGACAGUCACCCAUUUCAUAUAGUGUUGGUGGGAUGGAACACAGGAACAUGGCCACCUCUGGUAACUCUCCCAGGAACUUCCACCAGAUACUUCAGAUCGCCUUUGAUCCCGAGGUCCCUACACGAGCAGCUGCUCUAAGGACAAUUAGCCACAUGGUUCAGCAACGUAACCCUGAUGCUCUCAGCAACCAAGAGAAGGUUCUAUCGGUGUUUUUGGAAAAUCUGAAGCAUGAAGACUCCUUUGUUUAUUUAUCUGCAAUUCAAGGUCUGUCAGUGCUAGCAGAUGUAUAUCCAUCUCAAAUUCUGCCACGGUUACUGGACGAAUAUCAGGUGUCGCCAGAAGGACCUGAGAAAACAAGAUGUAUUGAGACACGGAUGAAGAUGGGAGAGGUGCUAAUGCGAAGUACAAAAGCAUUAGGUGAGAUAGCUUCACAUUAUCGUGACCCAUUGAUCCGGGUGUUUUUGAUGGGGACGAAAGAUUCAGAUAGUACAGUGCGGGCUAGUAGCCUGUCGAACCUGGGCGAGCUCUGCCAGUGUCUGCACUUCGCUAUAGGGUCAGUUAUUCAUGAGGUGACAGAAUGUCUUACAGCUAUUGUGAAGACAGAACAGGAAUCUGAGGUGCGUCGAGCUGCAGUUCAUGUCAUCACUCUCUUACUCCGUGGACUCAGUGAAAAGACCUUCCAGAUUCUGGAUGAAGUUCUACGAGAUCUCUAUCGAUUGUUAAAGUAUGUGAACCAGUCUGAUGAAGAUGAAGUAGUGGUAUUGCAUGCACAGAUUGCACUAGAGGAACUGGACCAUAUCGUCAGGAGAUUUCUGUUCCCAGAGGAAAAACUACAGAAAAAAAUUGUCAUUCUUCCAUAACAGAAGGUGCCAGAACCUCUUUGUACUGAACUUUGGGAUCAACCAAUUUGAAUAUUUUUCAAAUCCACUUUUAAGACUAUGAUGGAACUCCAGUAAUACCAUACCACAUUUAGUCUUUUUUUUGUUGUAAGCUUAACACUUCAGUACGAAGCAUGAUAAGGGACAGGCAUGAUUAAGUUUGUUCACUUGUAGCACAUUCUCUCCAAAUGUUCCAGGAAGAUGAGUUUUCUUAUGAUGACUGUGUGACUGGCAGUUUUAGUUAAUGUUAAUGGCAGCCAGUAGAGGAGAUUGCAUUUCUGUCACCAUCUUUACUGAAAAGGGUACUGAUAGCUGGGUUAAUAGGAAGGAUUUGACCUUUCACAUCUCUUUACAGUAAUAGUGUACAAUUAAGCUCAACAGUGGGUCUUUCCCCACUGAUUCUCACAAACCCAUUCUCUUUGCAUGUAGUUUGGCUAGACAGAAAGUGGGGACAGUGGAAAUCUCAUUCAUCCAUCUAUAUAUAAUUACAAAUGAGAUGAUGAAGCAUUUAACUAUGUACAAUGCACAUAUACAUAAAAAAUGCACUUUCAAAUUUCAGCGUGACUCAUUCAUGAUGCCAAAUUGACAAGCUUUAAAAAGUCAUAGCGAGUGAGGAGUGGAAUAAACAAUGAGAUAUACAGGAAGAGGAAACAAAACAAGAACAAAUAUGGAAUGUGAAAUUCUGGAGCCUGAAGAUCACAAAAAGGUCAACAGCACAGAUGACUGAUUAACAGUGUUUAAUAUGUAUCCUACCAUCAUUUGGUGCGAUGCAAUUAUUGUUUAUUAACUAAAAUUAAGAUAAAUUAGGGAGUCAAGCAGGAUCUGUGGAGAGAGAGAAAGAAUUUAUACAGGGCUUCACAAACCAAGCCACAACCAGCAAUUAUAUUCCAAGUUAGUGAUAGCUGUUAUAAUUCACUGAAUAUAACAAUUCUGAGGUUCCUUUAAGUUCUUCCUUUUUUAACGAUGGAGCAUAGCUUAAUUGACUGAUCCUUGAGGUCCAAUUCCUGCUCCAAAAAGCCCAUUGGAAGACUGCCUUAAAAAAAAAUUACUGUCAGUUAAAAACCCUGCUCUCAGCGGGGUUAUGCCAAUUUUUAAAGUUAUGAAAUGGAGUCACAUUGCAUGAAAGUUUGAAAGCAUUGGCUUAACAUUUCAAGUCAGUGGCCUUCCUUCAAAUGGUUCUGAUGAAAGAUCAUAGUCUUAAAAUAUUAAUUCUUUUUCUCUCUCAUCUGAUGCUGCCUGACCGCUGAGCAUUUUCAGCAUUUUCUACUUUUAUUUCAGAUUUCCCAUAUUUUGUUUUUCUGAAGUAACUAGAUGUACCAGGUUCUACAUAUCAGUUCACUCCACUCUGAAUUUAUUGUCCAUAAAGAAAUUAAUUAUAGACGUGUUAUUUGUUUGUUAAAUAGUCCAGAACAGGGGAAAAAGUUGUUCUUCUCACAAAAAUGUAACUUUAAUUAAAAUAUAUAUUAAAA